AUGUCUACUUCAACGAAGCGCAAGGCCAACGAUGACUCACCCGAGGCUUUGGCUUCUGAAUUCAAAAGAACAAGGACGAUCGCAGAAACAGAAUUCGAAUCCGAUUCCGAUGAUCAGACUUCUGAAGACGAGCAAGAGACCCAAAGCCCAAUUUACCCUCAAAAUAAAACACGAAUCAACGAGUUCGGGACUAUCGCACGCGUAGAAGUAAAGGAUUUUAUGUGUCAUGCGCAUCUUAAGGUCGAUUUCGGACCCAAGAUCAAUUUUGUUAUUGGCCAUAAUGGAAGUGGAAAGAGUGCGAUUUUAACAGCACUUACUAUUGCCUUGGGUGCAAAGGCUACAUCCACAAACAGAGGAAAAAGACUAAAUUCGUUUAUCCGUGAAGGUGAAGACUCUGCUAUUGUUAUCGUUCACUUGACAAACAAGGGUCCUGAUGCGUACAAGCCGGAUGUAUAUGGAGAUACUAUCCAAGUGGAGCGAAAAAUAUCGAAAGAUGGAGUUGGAUACUACAAGAUAAAAAACAGUAGCGGAAAAAUAAUCUCGACAAAGAAAGAGGAGCUUACAGCAAUUUGCGAUUACAUGUCAAUACAAGUAGAUAAUCCUCUUACUAUUCUAAGCCAAGAUAAUGCAAGACAGUUCUUGAAUUCAAGCACACCACACGACAAGUAUAGACUUUUUAUGAGAGCGACUCUCCUGUCAUCACUUAUGGAAGAUUAUGAUGUGGUACGCGAGAGUAUUGACACCACAAGAACUAUAGUGGAGCGGAAGAAACAAUGCCUACCGGAUCUUCAGAAGAAGGCUUUAGAAGCCGAGGCCCGAUAUAAAGGAAUGAUCGAAGCACGAGAGAUCGAUGAUAAGAUUGACAACCUCAACAACGAAAUUGUCUGGGCUCAAAUUAUUGCAAAAGAAAAACAAGCAGAAAAGACUAAGAUGAACUUGGGAGAGAUAGAGAGAAAAGCUGAAAGGUCAAAAGAAGAAGCCACGAACAGAAAGCUUAAAAUAGAGCAGCUUGAACAAGAGAUGGCACAAAAGAGAGAAGAGAUAACUGGAUUUAAACAAACAUACGAACCUAACAAUAACGAAAAGCAAAGAGUCAGAAAAGAUAUCAUUGACCAGGAAUCCAAAUUACGCGAACUUGGCGCAGAUAUUCGUGAAAUCAACGAAAACGUCAAACAAGCUAGAAUUCGUAUAAACAAGUGCGAUAGAGACAUUGCGGCUGAAACCGCUAAAAUCGAGUCAGUGAAUAAACCCAAAAAAGAGGCUACUGCUGCUAAACUUGCAGAUCUUGAGGCUAAAGAGAUAAAACUGGUGCAGAGAGGAAAGGAGCUCCAUGAAGAGAAAACUCAAAUAGAACAGCGACUACGUGAGGCAAAGGAAAGGUACAGACCUAUGGAUUAUCAAGUCAGGAGUGCUGAAAAAGAAGUCGAGAAUGCAAGACAUCUUCACAAAGAACUGGUUGCUCAGAAGGCCGAUAAACUCAGGGCAUUCGGCCACGCUAUGCCAGAGGUUGUCAGUGAUAUAAAAAGGGAGUCAAGAUGGUCAGGUCGACAACCUGUUGGCCCAUUUGGUGCAUAUCUACAGCUUAUGCAUCCCCAAUACGCUCCUGUUCUAGAGAUCAUUUUGGGUAAAAUUCUGAAUGCUUUUGUCGUCGAGAAUUUCAAUGACAGAAACAUGUUGACCAAGAUUCUGACUCGCCGCAAUAUGAGUCAUGUUUCUAUCUACGUAGCAGAGUAUGAUAUUUUCUCAUAUUCGCACGAGGAACCUGAUGAACAAUAUCUUACUGUUGUUCGUGGCAUCAAGUUUGAGAACGAAUGGGUCAAACGUCAAAUGAUUAUUGCAAAUAACAUUGAAAAAACUUUACUCAUGGAUGAUCGACGGGAAGCAGACAAAGUGAUGUAUAAUCCUCCUCGAAAUGUAAAUAUUUGUUUCACAAAGGACUGUCAAAGUGUUGGUGCCCGCUCGGGUAUGCGUACAGAAUCACUGCAACAAUAUAAAGGGCCACCUCGUUUCAAAAAAGAUGUCGGGUCAGAGAUUGUUAAGGCUCGGGAGGAUGGUAUUAAGUUUGCUGCGAGAGCUGCAGAACUUAAAACCGAGCAAAACGCACUUAGACAAGAGAUCCAGGGCAUUGAGGCAUCAUUAUCGGAAAUUGAGAAUGCUGAAUAUGCUAACGAAGGUGCAAAAGUCAAGGUUUCCCGAGAAAUAGCUCGUCUAAAAGAGGAGGAAAUCGACGAAGGGCCUCAAAAUAUAGAUGCUUACGUCCAGGAAAAAGAGAACUGUGAAAACCAAGUCAAACUGUGGGCUGGCCAGUUCUCUGUCUGCAAAAAGGUUGAGAAAGAAACCAAAGAAGUUCUUAGUACACUCCAGGCUCAACUUGACGAGAUUGAGAAAGGAGAAAGUGAGGCAUCUAGACGCCUUUAUGACUUACAGGAAGAUUUGGACAAACUUGAUAACUUGCGAUUAAAUGAAAGGCGCGUCUUAAAAUCAGUGGAAGAUUACAUUAUUCAACUGAUUGAUAAAAUAGAAAAUGAGAAGAAGAGACUUGAAGACCUUGAAUCAACCUGCAAGGAAUGGAUCUCGCAAGCAAUAGUAGAUUACCCGAAUCGUGUCGAGACUACUGAAUCUCUUGAAUCUUUACAACGGAAGAUUGCACAUCUCGAUGAAGCUCGCCGUAGAAAGGAAGAAGAGGUUGGAGCAACAUUGGAAGAAGUUGAAAGCGAAGCAAAGGAUACCCUAACUGCUUGGCACGAUGCUAAAGUCUCUAUAAAGCGAAUCGAUGAACUUAUCAAGAAAAUGAAUACAGCUCUCAAGGAUCGUAUGAAGAACUGGGAUGACUUUUAUAUGUAUAUAACUUUAGCUGCAAAGGGUCAUUUUGCAUACUACUUACACAAGAGAGGAGACACUGGUCAAUUACGAUUCGAUCAAAAGAAGGAGACCCUUGAAAUCAAAGUAUCUACAGGUGACCAAGUUAGAAAGGGGUCAAAACGACAAAAGGAUUCUAGAUCUUUGUCUGGUGGUGAGAAAUCAUUUUCGCAGAUCAGUCUUUUAUUGGCUCUUUGGCAAGGAAUUUCUUCACCGAUUAUUUGUCUUGACGAGUUUGAUGUGUACAUGGAUGCUGUUAACCGUAAACAGAGUAUGAAGAUGAUUAUCGACUCGGCAAGUGAUAACAGCUCUCAAUACAUUCUUAUCACACCACAAGACGCAAGUAAUAUGACACCGGGACCUUUUGUAACUGUUCACAGACUAGCAGAUCCAAAGCGCGAUAAUUAA